CUCACUUUCAAAUGACUCUCACAACCGGAACUUUCUUCAUCUUCUCCCCUCGCGGCGAGCUCAUUGCUCGUCACGAAAAUGAAGACAAAUCACUCGAUCCCAAACCUGUUGUCAAGCAUGUGAAGCCCAUCCGGCCUGACUAUGCAUUGUGGGAUGCCACACAUCUUAUAGGUGGCAAACCCAAUGUAUACCAACUGUCCAAUAGGAAAGCCGACACCGGUCCAUCUGACAAGUUGGUCUGGGCCUUCUUGAAGGACGAUGAUCCACACCGCGAGACAUGGAUUAUUGAACCUGCUCGUGGAGACCAUCCUAACGGAUACAGGAUCUUCACAUUUGACAAGAAGUCGCGAUGGGUCAUCCCCGAAGGCGAUAAAGAUGGUCAGAUUCAAUGUCAACCUUUGGGUACUGAUCAACAAGAUGUGUUCCUAUUUUUUCACGUCAAGGACUGA